AUGACUACAUAUAGCGAAACACAAAGACCUCGUAACGUUCUAUAUACAGUUGCCAAUGGUCCAUAUACAGAUAUUCCAUCAAAUUCAGUUUUACAAGCAUUUGUCACUGCUUAUAAUAAUCAUGAAGAUUUAAUUUUAUCUCCGGAUGAUAUAUGGAUGGUAAUUUGUAUCAAUUAUGCGCUACAUGUGAAUGAAAAUGCUGAGCAACUUCGACAUUUAUUUGUUGAUCAUCAAGGGAAAAAACAAUUAACUAUUCGAGAACCACCCGGCAAAGAGGAAUGUGAUUGGACAGAUUUUUUUGAUAGGAUUAAACAAGAGAUUGAAAAGAAUAUAAAAGGUACAAUUGUUUCUACGUUAACAUCCAAUUUUUCGACUACAGGUAAAGUUGAAGCAAUAUUAUCCAAUACAUGUAUCAUGGAUACAUUACAAGAUUAUUUUGAAUAUGAUCGAUGUAUGACAGCAUGCGGGAUAAGAGAUAUCAAAUUUAUGGGUACAUUAGAUGAUUGGAAAUUGUUACGAGAGAAAACAGAACAAAUGAAAGCAUAUUCGCAACAAAUAUUUCAUGAGUAUGUUGAUAAUUUGUUACCCGUGUUAGAUGAAUUUAUUCAAACAUAUCAAAAUAAAGUGAAUUUGGAUUGGUGGAAUAAAGUAAUGGAUAUUAAAUCUACAACAGGUAGUGGUGCAUGUACUUACAUUAGCGGAUGGAUAUUACGAUUAUUCUUCCUUUAUGUGGAAAUGAUCAAUGAAGUUACAGGUUUACAAAACACGUGUUAUGUUGUUGGUGGAUUUCAUGGUGUUAAUUAA